AAACUAUUAGGGUUAUUUUAGUUUUGCUGCUCAGGGCUAUCACUAUCAAUGGCGUCUUUCACACAGACAGACGCCGAAAUCCAAUUCACUAAACAACCUUAUGUAGAAGAUGUUGGACCUAGAAAAAUUAAAAGUAUACAGUUUUCGAUGAUGUCUGGUACUGAAAUUAUGAAAGCUUCUGAACUUCAAGUGUUCAAUAGUGGUUUCUAUGAUCAAGACAGAAAGCCAAAGAAAAACGCUUUGCUCGAUUCUCGUAUGGGUCCUGCAAACAAGUUCAUUACCUGUGCAACAUGCCAUGGGAGCCUUACAGAUUGUCCAGGACAUUACGGAUACUUUCAUCUCAUUCUUCCUGUUUUCAAUGUUGGAUACUUCAACGCUAUUCUUAACGUUCUCAAGUGCGUAUGUAAGUCUUGCGCUCGAAUACUUCUGUCGGAGAGAGAUCGUAUAAGUUACUUAAAGAAGAUGAGAAAUCCCAAAUUGGAGGCUCUGCAGAAGACUGGCCUAGCUAAGGCAAUACUAAAUAAGUGUAAACCUAAAAAAUGCAGCCGAUGUGGAUACAUUAAUGGUGUGGUGAAAAAAUCAGGAACUGUUAUGGGUAUUGUUCACGAUCGCUCAAAACUUAUGGAUGGGGUGAAGGAGGAAUGCGAGGCAGCAAUUUCUAAGGCAAAAGACUCCAGGACAUCCUUUACAGUUGUUUAUGUUCUCAACCCUGUUAGAGUACUUGAUCUGUUUAGAAGAAUACUUGAUCAGGACUGUGACCUGCUAUACCUCAGUGAUAGACCUGAGAAACUCAUUAUCACAGACAUUUUAGUGCCGCCUAUUGCAAUCCGCCCUUCUGCUUUUGUUGAUGGAGGAAAAAAUAGUAAUGAAGAUGAUAUCACUUCCAAACUAAAUACAAUUAUUCAAGCAAAUACUUCCCUUCGGCAAGACUUACAUUGCACGAGUCCCACAUCUAAAUGUUUGGCUGCUUGGGAAUUACUCCAAGUUGAGGUUGCUCAGUAUAUCAAUAGUGAUGUCCGUGGUGUCCCCCUAAGUAUGCAGUCCUCAAAACCGUUACGAGGGUUCAUCCAGCGUCUCAAAGGGAAACAGGGGCGAUUCCGUGGGAACUUAUCUGGAAAACGUGUUGAAUAUACUGCCAGGACUGUCAUCUCACCUGAUCCAAAUCUUAAGAUUACUGAGGUGGGCAUACCUAUCUUGAUUGCUCAAGUCUUAACAUAUCCAGAGCUAGUAUCACAGUACAACAUAGAGAAGCUAAGGAAAUGUGUUGCUAAUGGUCCUCAAAAAUAUCCAGGAGCGAACUUUAUUAGACUAGCUAGUGGUUCAUUGCAGAAUCUGAGAUAUGGUAGACGGAAAGGUUACGCCGAUGCACUCAAAUACGGUGAUACUGUAGAAAGACAUUUAGAAGACGGGGACGUUGUUUUAUUUAAUCGUCAGCCUAGCUUGCAUCGAAUGUCUAUCAUGUCCCACAGGGCAAAAAUAAUGCCUUGGAGAACAUUGAGGUUCAAUGAAUCUGUUUGUAAUCCGUACAAUGCUGACUUCGAUGGUGAUGAGAUGAAUAUGCAUGUUCCUCAAACAGAAGAGGCUCGAACAGAGGCUCUCAUGCUGAUGGGGGUGCAGAAUAAUUUGUGUACACCAAAAAAUGGAGAAAUAUUGGUCGCAUCUACUCAAGAUUUUCUGACAUCUUCAUUUCUCAUUACAAGAAGGGAUACAUUCUAUGACCGUGCAUCCUUUUCACUUAUGUGUUCUUAUAUGGGUGAUGCUAUGGAUGCUAUUGAUUUGCCAACACCAGCUUUAAUUAAGCCAGUAGAGCUUUGGACUGGAAAACAACUAUUCAACGUUCUAAUUCGUCCUCAUGCUCAGAUGAGGGUCUUUGUGAACCUCACGGUUUUUGAAAAAUCUUAUAAUAAGGGCAGAGAAACAUUGUGUCCAAACGAUGGAUUUGUCUAUUUUCGGAAUAGUGAACUUAUAUGUGGGCAACUGGGUAAAGCUACUUUAGGAAAUGGCAAUAAAGAUGGACUUUUCUCAGUUCUUCUUAGAGAUUAUGAUGCACAUGCGGCUGCAUCUUGUAUGAACCGUCUAGCCAAAUUGAGUGCCCGUUGGAUUGGGAACCAUGGGUUCUCGAUUGGUAUUAGUGAUGUCCAACCUGGAAAGUCUCUAAGCGAUAAAAAACAAAAAAAAAUUGAUAAAGGUAAAGAAAAGUGUGAUAAAUUGAUUGAGCAUUACAAGACAGGAAAACUUGAACUUCAACCAGGUUGUGAUGCCGCUCAAACACUGGAAGCUGAGAUAACUGGUAUUCUGAAUAAUAUCAGGGAAAAGGCUGCAACAGUUUGUAUGGAAAACCUACAUUGGAGGAAUAGCCCUUUGAUUAUGUCACAAUGUGGAUCCAAAGGGUCUCCUAGUAAUAUUACUCAGAUGAUUGCAUGUGUUGGUCAACAAUCAGUUGGGGGCCGCCGUGCCAUGAACGGCUUUAUUGAUCGAAGUCUUCCCCACUUCCCUAGGAACUCAGUCACACCUGAUGCGAAAGGUUUUGUUGAGAACUCAUUCUACACUGGCUUGACUGCCACUGAAUUUUUCUUCCAUACUAUGGGAGGGCGUGAAGGUCUUGUGGAUACUGCGGUGAAAACUGCUGACACUGGGUACAUGUCUCGUAGAUUGAUCAAAGCCUUGGAAGAUCUUUCGAUUCAUUAUGAUAAUACAGUUCGCAGUGCUAGUGGUGGUGUUGUCCAAUUUCUCUAUGGAGAUGAUGGCAUGGAUCCCUCUAGAAUGGAAGGAAAGGAUGGAACUCCCUUAAAUUUGGAUAGAUUAUACAUGAAAGUGAAGGCUACCUGCCCUGCCAGAGGUCAUUCCAGCUUGUCUCCUACAGAGAUCUUCGAACUUGUUGUAGCUAGACUCUCAAAACAUGAUAUGACCCCAGAAGGUGGUUGCUCUGAUGCCUUUAAGAAAUCUCUGUUGGAUGAAGAAGGUUUUAUGCAAAAUAAAGAAGGUGGUUUUCUUGGUAAAUGCAUCACUUCACUGAAGAACACAAGAAGGGAUUUGCAAUUGGAUGGAGAGAAAAGGGGCUCUGAGUCUCUAGAAAAGGUCUCUGCAAAUAUAGCUGGAAUUACUUUGCAACAGCUACAGGUUUUUUUAGAAACCUGUAUUUCUCGUUACCAUUUAAAGAGAAUUGAAGCUGGAUCUGCAAUCGGAGCUAUUGGAGCUCAAAGUAUCGGAGAACCUGGAACACAGAUGACCCUGAAAACUUUCCACUUUGCUGGAGUUGCUAGCAUGAAUGUUACACUUGGAGUUCCUCGCAUCAAGGAAAUCAUUAACGGCGCUAAAAAUAUCAGUACACCCAUUAUUACCGCUACACUUGAAUGUAAAAAUGAUGCUAAAUCUGCCCGACUAGUGCAAGGCUGUAUUGAGAAAACAGUUUUGGGCGAGAUUGCAGAAAGCAUGAAAAUCAUUUUCACAUCGAGACAAGCAUGCAUACUUGUUACGUUGGACAUAGAAUUGAUUCAACGUUCACAGUUGAAGAUCUCUGCUCACAGUGUACAGCAAUCUAUUUGGCGCCAUCCUAAAGCAAAAUUAAAGGCCCAGCAUGUCGAGGUAUUGAAUGAUAGAAAGCUGAGAAUUCAUGCUCCUGUGGAUGAUAGAACUAAGAUUCAUUUUGAAUUGCACUCGCUGAAAUCUAUGCUUCCCAAGGUCAUUGUAAUGGGCAUACCAACAGUUGAACGUGCAAUUAUAAAUAAGCUUAAGGAUAAGCGCGGUAAGGAGACGGGCGAGCACAACUUGCUUGUGGAAGGUACUAACCUUCGAGCUGUCAUGGGGACUCUUGGAGUUGAUGGAUGUAACACAACAAGUAACCAUAUCAUAGAAGUCCAAGAAACACUUGGAAUCGAGGCUGCGAGAAAAUGCAUCAUUGAUGAAAUAAAUUACACCAUGAAAGGGCAUGGAAUGACCAUAGACAUUCGCCACAUGAUGCUUUUAGGGGAUUUAAUGACAUCGAAAGGUGAGGUGUUAGGUAUCACAAGAUUUGGCAUCCAAAAGAUGAAAGAAAGUGUGCUUAUGUUGGCGUCAUUUGAAAAAACGGCGGAUCAUCUAUUUAAUGCUUCAGUAAACGGAAGAGAUGACAAGAUUGAAGGGGUGAGCGAAUGCAUCAUCAUGGGUAUUCCAAUGCAGAUAGGCACUGGAAUACUUAAAAUUAGACAAAGACUUGAGCAUGUCCCGCAACUUGAUUACGGGCCUGAAUCAAUUUUCUCGUGAUGAUGAAGUGACAAAGAUUUCAUUUUUCAACAUGUUGGAGUCUUUUCAUCAUCAGGACUUGGUACAACAGUAUAUAGGCGAUGUUGGCUUAAGUGGAAAAAUAUGCUGCUAAACACAUAACUGGCGUCAUUGAUAAAUGAAAAAGAAAACCUAAUGACAAUACAUGGCAAUACUUGGAGUAGUUGGCUGGAGAUAUGUGAUUAGAAGGCAGAAAGUGGACACAAAAUUCGUAUCAAGGAAACACUUCAGUGGCAGAUGGGUCUACUGAAAGAGGUAAGAAUGUGAUGUGGCGCCAUCGUGAUGUUACAAUAUGUUGAAUUUGGAAUUUAUGCGCGAAGUGAUUUGGCACUGGUAUAAUCUGGAUCUGAAGUGUUCGUUGCUUACUAUCCCAAAUGAUUCGAAGCUUUGUAAACGAUGAUAUAGUUACUAAAAAUCAAUUUUGAAUCCUGCUUUCCAGUAUUGUAACUUGAAGAUGAUGAAAUUUCAGUGCAAGACUAACACCAGCUUAAAGCUUGAGAAAGAUAAAUAAAAUCAGAUCACAACAUGAGUUUCUGUGUUA